UGAGCGUGCGGCCGAAGUGUGUACGAGCUCAAGUGUGUGUGCGAGCGUAUGCAUAGAAGAGAGAGAGAAUGUGCGUGUGUGUUGUAUGCGAGCGUGUGUGUGUGUGUGUGCGAGAAGAGAGAGAAAGAGAGCCUUUUCGCAAAGCCAGCCAGUCAGCUAGUCAGCCAGCCGUCCCAUGCUGUUGCGCUGCCCAGAUUAAGUAGCUUGUGAGAGAGAGUCUUUGUGUGGUGGAGGGAGAGAGGAGUGACCAGCCGGGGCUGUGUGUGUGUGUGUGCGGGUGCAGAACCGCCCGAAACAACUUCACGGACAGCAUGGAGCGAGUUGGCCCGGGACAGGACUAGCUCGGAUGUUUAUCGAGAAGACGUUCUCUCCCCGGGACUGGAAGGGCUGAAUCUGACGCCAGGCAAAGAGGAAGGCUCGUGGGGGAGUCGCUCCUGAAGUUCUGUGUGUGUGUGUGCGUGUGUGUGUGUGUGUGUGUGUGUGUGUGCGUUCCACACAACCGUAAAUGUGGCAUCUCUGACAGAUGUGGCCUAUUUGGAGCCGUUCGGGAGAAAGAACGCCUCUCAUCUCGUGGGUGCACUGAGCUCACCUCGGAGGAUGUAGAGACUCCAACGUUCAUUUUUUCCCUCACUCUUUCACUAUCCCUCUCUCUCUCUCUAUCCCUCUCUCUCUCUCUCUCUCUCACUCUCUCCCUGGCUUGUUUGUCAUCUGGUGUACUCGAGCUCAAAAGAGCAGUCCUCUAGCUCGUAAAAGAAUUAACGUCGGGGAACUGGAAUCGUUUUUUUGGAGCGAAAAAAAACUAGAAAUGUACUCGUGAAAAGGAGCAGCUGCUGAAUGUUUUGAAAAGGGGGUCCUAGACAAAGCCAGCUGAGUUAACCCGAAGGCCGGGGGCAAGACGUGAGCCCGACCCCGAAUCGCCGUCGCCGUACGUCGUCGCCGUCGUCGCCAUGGCGCCGCGCAAGCGUCCGGCGCGCGGCCUGUCCUUCAUCUUCUGCUGCUUCAAGAGCAGCAGCCACCCGGAGAUCACCUACCGCCUGCGCCACGACAGCAGCUUCACCCUGCAGACCAUGGAGCCCGCUCUGCCCAUGCCGCCCGCCGACGAGCUGGACGCCAUGUUCUCCGAGCUGGUGGAUGAGUUGGACCUCACAGAGAAACACAGGGAGGCCAUGUUUGCGCUCCCAGCCGAGAAGAAGUGGCAGAUCUACUGCAGCAAGAAGAAAGAAACAGAGGAGAAUAAGGGUGCGACCAGCUGGCCUGAAUACUACAUUGACCAGAUCAACUCCAUGGCAGCCAGGAAGACUCUCCUGGCGCUGGAGAAGGAGGACGAAGAAGAGCGGAACAAGACCAUCGAGAGCCUGAAGACCGCGCUGCGCACGCAGCCCAUGAGGUUUGUGACGCGCUUCAUAGACCUGGAUGGCCUGACAUGCGUCCUCAACUUCCUCCGCACGAUGGACUACGAGACGACAGAGUCUCAGAUCCACACCUCCCUCAUUGGCUGCAUCAAAGCCCUCAUGAACAACUCACAGGGCCGAGCCCACGUUCUCUCCCACACCGAGAGCAUCAACAUCAUCGCCCAGAGCCUGGCCACGGAGAACGUCAAGACCAAGGUGGCAGUGCUGGAGAUCAUGGGCGCCGUGUGCCUGGUGCCCGGUGGGCACAAGAAGAUCCUGGAGGCUAUGUUGCACUACCAGAAGUUUGCCAGCGAGAGGACGCGCUUUCAGAGUCUCAUGACUGACCUGGACAGGAGCACAGGUCGUUAUCGGGACGAGGUGAACCUCAAGACCGCCAUCAUGUCCUUCAUCAACGCCAUCCUCAGCCAGGGCGCCGGAGAGUCGAGUCUGGAGUUCAGGAUCCACUUGCGAUAUGAGUUCCUGAUGCUGGGCAUCCAACCAGUCAUUGAUAAACUGCGCACACACGAGAACUCCACUCUCGACCGGCAUUUGGAUUACUUUGAAAUGCUGAGAAAUGAAGAUGAAUUGAGUCUGGCAAAACGCUUCGACUCCGUGCACAUAGACACGAAAAGCGCCACUCAGGUGUUUGAACUCAUCCGUAAGAGGAUAAACCACACAGAAGCGCACCCGCACUUUCUCUCCAUUCUGCAGCACUGUCUGCACAUGCCCUAUAAGCGCAGUGGAAACACCGUGCAGUACUGGCUCCUCCUGGACCGUAUCGUCCAGCAGAUUGUCCUGCAGAACGACAAAGGUCACGACCCCGAUGUGACCCCUCUGGAGAACUUCAACGUGAAGAAUGUGGUUCGAAUGCUUGUCAAUGAAAAUGAAGUGAAGCAGUGGAAAGAACAGGCUGAGAAGAUGAGAAAAGAGCACCAUGAGCUUCAGCAGAAGCUGGAGAAGAAGGAGCGUGAGUGCGAGGCCAAGGCCCAGGAGAAGGAGGAGAUGAUGCAGACCCUCAACAAGAUGAAGGACAAGCUGGAGAGGGAGACCACCGAGCACCGGAUGGUCAAGCAGCAGGUCACCGACCUCUCCGCCCGGCUGAACGACCUCAGCUCAAGGGCGAGCUCGGCUGUCCCUGGAGGACCACCUGUUGUUGCCCCAGGGGGCCCCAUCCCACCCCCUCCUCCUUGCCCCGCCGGCAUGCCCCCUCCACCCCCGCCACCGCCACCAGGGAUGGGGCCUCCUCCGCCGCCGCCACCUCCCGGCGGACCCCCACCUCCGCCGGGCAUGCCCCCCUUCGGUGGCAUCCCUCCUCCUGGAGGUAUGCUGGGGCCGUCGCUGAAGAAGAAGAACAUCCCUCAGCCCUCAAACCCCCUCAAGUCCUUCAACUGGGCCAAAAUACCAGAGAACAAGCUGGAGGGCACUGUAUGGUCAGACAUGGAUGAUGGGAAAGUCUUCAAAAUCCUGGACCUGGAGGACAUUGAGAAAACAUUCUCGGCCUAUCAGAGGCAACAGGACUUCUUAACGCUCAAUCACCUCAAACAGAAAGACUCGGAGGAUGACACGACGACAACAAAGAAGGUCAAGGAGCUGUCAGUCAUCGAUGGCCGACGGGCGCAGAACUGCAACAUCCUCCUCUCGCGGCUGAAGCUGUCAAAUGAGGAGAUCAAGAGGGCCAUUAUGACCAUGGAUGAGCAGGAGGAUCUGCCCAAGGACAUGCUGGAGCAGCUGCUGAAGUUUGUCCCAGAGAAAGCUGAUGUGGACCUUCUGGAGGAGCAUAAGCAUGAGCUGGACCGUAUGGCCAAGGCUGACCGCUUCCUCUACGAGAUGAGCAGAAUUGAUCACUACCAGCAAAGACUGCAGUCCCUCUACUUCAAGAAGAAGUUUGCCGAAAGGAUCGCUGAGGUCAAACCAAAAAUCGAAGCACUUUCCAAGGCCUCCAAAGAGGUCCUGAAUAGCCGCAACCUGCGGCAGCUUCUGGAGGUGGUGCUUGCCUUCGGAAACUACAUGAACAAAGGACAACGGGGGAAUGCCUACGGCUUCAAAGUGUCCUCCCUCAACAAGAUAGCGGACACCAAGUCUAGCAUCGACAAGAACAUCACCCUCCUGCACUACCUGAUCACCAUCCUGGAGCAGAAGUAUCCUAAAGUGGCUGUGCUCCAUGAAGAGCUGCAGAACGUUCCAGAAGCUGCCAAAGUCAACAUGACAGAGAUGGAGAAGGAGAUCAAGAACAUACGCAGUGGCUUGAAGAGUGUGGAAACAGAGCUGCAGUACCAGAGGAGUCGUCCCCAGAACUCCAACGACAAGUUUGUGUCGGUGGUCAGCCAGUUCAUCACGGUGGCCAGCUUCAGCUUCUCCGACGUGGAGGACUCUCUGCAGGAGGGCAAGGAGCUGUUCCAGAAGUCGGUCACCCACUUUGGCGAGGACCCGUCCCGCCUGCAGCCGGACGAGUUCUUCGGGAUCUUCGACCAGUUCCUGCAGUCCUUCUCCGAGGCCAAGCAGGACAACGAGAACAUGAGGAGGCGCAAGGAGGAGGAGGAGCGGAGGGCCCGACUGGAGGCGCAGUUGAAGGAGCAGAGGGACAAAGAGCGUAAGGCGCGCAAAGCCAAGGAGAACUGCGAGGAGGACGGCGAGUUCGACGACCUGGUGUCGGCGCUGCGCUCGGGCGAGGUCUUCGACAAGGACCUGUCCAAGAUGAAGCGCAACCGCAAGCGGCCCAACAACCCCAACGCGGAGAGCGGCCGCGAGAGGCCCAUCACCAAGCUCAACAUUUAAAAGAGACUGGCCCCACGUAGACGGUGUGCUUUUGUGUGCGUGUGUGUGGGUGUGUGUGCGUGCGUGCGUGUGUGUGUGUCUGUGUGAGUGAGAGAGAUGGAAUGCUUUUUCUUUACUGCCCUCUGGUGGAAGAUCACCAGAUCACGCCAUUCCCCCCUACGUAUUUUUUUUUUUUUGUUAAUCCCAGUAACCUCCUUUUGGCAACAAAUCUCCCCACGACAGACGCAUGUGAACAGGAAUAAUCAACACGGGGGAGAGAAAGAGAGAGAGAGUGAGAGAGGGGGAGCGAGAGAGGACAAUGCUUUUGACCACUUGUACUUAAUGCACAACAUAUACGAUCUUCAGGCCACUCUGUCUGGGAUAUAGAUGAUGAUGAAGAAGAAGAAUAAGAAGACGAAGAAAAAACGAGACAUUCUAAACAGUCAAGAAGAUUCUAGAGAGAGAGACACUCUAGCUACUACCUGUGCUGGCUGCCAAACAUCCACUUUUGUAAUACUUUUGAAAAUACUUUUAUAACAAUGAUUCUGAUUCUAAAUGUAUAUUCUGCAGAUUUUUUGCAUGGGGGAUGCGCACUGGCACACUUUGUUUGAACAGAAACGUGUUACUUCAUUCUGUGCCAUCAUCGUAACAUGACACUCAGCUUGGACUUGAUGAACCCUGAUGAAUGACACAGAACAUAAGCUAGAGAUCACAGCAAAACACACACACACACACACACACACACAUACACACACACAGACACACAAGACACUUGCAUAUGUCUUCUUUUUUGUAUUUAUAACGAGUGGAAGGUUAAAACUUUUUACAAUUGUUACGUUGUGGCCAAUCUGUGCGUGUUGUUGUACGAAGUGGACCAGGGCUUAUGCGCUAAGCAAGUCUGGUUUGUCUAAUCUCAGUUUCCCAAACAAACCCCCGUGCAGUCAGCCUCCACGUCCGCGCAUUGGCCACACGAAGCGGGGAUUAACCGUCGUUUCACACAGGGGGCGAACGCAACCGAAAACCGGCCGCGGAGUUGAUGCACUGCAGAUGACCCCCGCAGAGACCAUCUCAGUACUGUUCCUGUGACAAGACCACACAAACGCUGUGUGUACUGCCAAAACAUGCUACUCGUCAAGCACAUGAGUCAACACACACAGUAUACUAAAUCAUCUCCAUUCACUGCACCCUCUCUUAAAUUAUAAACAGUAUACUCAGUUAAUAGACCUCCCACCAGCAGAUGCUAAGUAUCUUUUUUUUUUUUUUUUUUUUUUUUCUCGAGGGCACUGUCUUUAAUGAUCUGCCUGUGUAAUGCCAUGUUAAAGCACAACGUAAGAAAUUGAGAUGCCGUUUAUAUUACUCUUUCAAACCGUUUUUUUUUUUUCCUACUGAGCUUUUACAGUAUAAAUAUUUACAGAGGCAAUAUCACCUGAAUAGUAAAAAAUAUAUGCAUUCCUAUCUGAAGAAGGCAAUGAAGCAGACAAAGUUGUCAAACAUGAAGUGUAUAGAGAGG